UGUAGUUCCUGUUUAAUAACUUUUUGAUAGUCAAUGUUUAUUUUUAUUUAAUUAAAUCUGUUUAAAAGAUGUCAGUUAGUGCUUUUUCUUAUUUAAAUUUCAAUGCCUGACUUCCAAAUCAGGGGAAAACUGAUGUUAUGAGUGCAGGUUAUAUACGAGGGAAAUCGUGGCGCUCGAAGAAUCGAGAUGAAAAGAACCGGGGUCAGUACCACCAGGUUCAAAAUGUCAAGUCAGCACGCGUAUACGUAUUUGGACAAGACAACGUGGUCGAGGACGAUGAUACAGAAAUGGAGAUGUCUGAUUUUCGUUCUCGACGAGGUGGUUCGGGGAAAACUGCAGCAGAACCAAAUGAACCGGUCUAUUUUGAAAAACAGCUGUCCAAAGAUGAUACACUUCAAAGUCUUGCACUUCAGUAUGCCUGUCCGGUUUCAGAGCUUAAACGUAUCAACAAGUUGAUUCGAGACCAGGACUUCUUUGCUUUGAGGUUUAUAAAGGUGCCUGUCAAGCGGUUUGGACUUAUGUCAGAAAUUAUUGCACAGGAGAAACGAAAUGCAGAUAGUGCGAGGCUUCUUUCUCAACAAAACGGAACCAUAGAGGAAUUUGUAGAAGACCAACAUCUGGACUAUGACUCGGACUCCUUGCAGGAUCUAAGUGACCCAGAGACGCAACACAAAGUUAUCCACACUAUUAGCAUCCAAGACAAUUUACGCACCCAAAGUAAAGAAGCUGAAGACUUCCUAAGAAAUAUGGACAAGGACCUUUCCAAAAUAAUACAGCCUUCACGGAGAGAGAGGGAUUCCUUGAGUGAGGUGAUAUCUGUACUGACCAACAAAAGCAUCCAUCCUUUGCAGUCGCAGAAACCAAAACACUUAAAUGGUGCUGAUUAUGGCAUACGGUGGUGGACUGUGGUAGGGGUUAUGGUACUUGUUGCUUUAUUCAUUCCAGGAGUUUAUUUUAUUUAUAUAUGGUUUUUAAAAUCUUGAUGUCUGGUUGAUAUCAGUGGGUAUUAUUAUUAAAUGUAUGCUUGUCCAGACACAUGUUCUACAGAAUAUAGUUUUAACUAAAGCUACAUACACAUGUAUACAUGUAGUUUGAAAAAAGAAAAAAGAAGGAAAAAAAUUCUGUUAUUGUAUAUAUAAUUUUUUUAAAGUCAAUAUCAAUUGAUUUUUGUUGUGCAGGCAUCAAAAUAAAUUGAGCAUGGUUGUAUGGAGGUGAUACAA